GAUGUGUCAGCUCCGCUUAGGUUUGGGGAAACCUAGGGCUGGUGAAGAGUAACGUUUCUGGCCUUCCUCACCGCACCUCCCCCCCCCGGUCUUGACUGCCCCUCCGCUUCCUUGGCCUCCCAGACCUCGCUAUGAAGAGGCUGACAACUUAAUCGAUUUCCUCGCAGCCGGAUUUGUAAAAGGAAAUCCAGAAGAUCACAAGAAAUGCAGAGUGAAUUGGUGCCAGUUAGCUUGUCAGAGGUAGAGAAUAUACCUUCCAUUUCAUCUGAUAAAACUACUGGCUGUGUAUCUGCAACAAAAGGCUCCACAAGCUGUUUUUCUGGACAUGAAGAGAGCAGCUUAGAUAAAGAUUAUAAACUGCUUCCAUCAAAAAAAGAGAUGACUUCACUUACACUUCCUGAAGGUGAUCGAACUGAAGCAAAAAAGGAUUACUCACCAGAUCAUAGUGAAGUUGAAAAUUCUUGUGAUAAAAUAGACACAUUUGAAGAAAAAUCUCAGAGAAUAACUCAUUUUCCUGGUGGAGAUUUUGCAGAGCAAGUAGCAAAAACAAAUGGAACAGAACAAACAUUAACAGAAAUAUUGCAAGAAUUAAGGUCAUCUAAGCUUGCAGAAACAUCCAAUGAAAAGACUUAUUCCGAAAGUCCAUAUGAUACAGAUUGCACCAAGAAACUCAUUUCAAGAAUACAAAAUGUUUCAGCACAGGAAGAUUUAUUAGAAGAAAUAGAAUCAGAGCUCUUAUCUGCAGAACUUUCAAAUGAACAUAGAGUACCCAAUGGAAUGAAAAAGGGUGAACGUGCUUUAGUUAUGUUUGAAAAAUGUGUACAAGAUAAAUAUCUGCAGCAGGAGCAUACUAUAAAGAAGUUAAUUAAAGAAAACAAGAAGCAUCAGGAACUUAUUUUAGAAAUUUGUUCAGAAAAAGACAACCUAAGAGAAGAACUAAAAAAACGAACAGAAACAGAGAGACAACAUAUAAACAUAAUUAAACAGUUAGAAACAAGAAUAGAAGAACUUAAUAAAGACAUUAAUAUUUCCAAAGAAAAACUUGUAACACAAGAUGCUGCAGCCAAAAAUGCAAUUCAGCAAUUACAUAAAGAAAUGGCUUUUCGAAUGGAGCAGGCAAACAAGAAAUGUGAAGAGGCUCGCCAAGAAAAAGAAACAAUGGUGAUGAAGUACGUCAGAGGGGAAAAGGAAUCUUUAGAUCUUAGAAAAGAAAAGGAGGGACUUGAAAGAAAACUCAGAGAUGCAAAUAAAGAAAUUGAGAAACAUGUUAACAAAGUUAAACAGCUUUCUCAAGAAAAAGGAAGACUACACCAACUCUAUGAAACAAAGGAAAGUGAUGCCACUAGAAUGAGCAGAGAAAUUGAAAAACUGAAAGAAGAUAUCAACUCACAUGUCAUCAAAGUAAAAUGGGCACAAAACAAAUUAAAAACAGAAAUGGAUUUACACAAGGAAACCAAAGAUAAACUCAAAGAAACAGUAAUUAAAUUUAAUCAAGCCAAAGAAGAAGCAGAUCAAAUACGGAAAAAUUGUCAAGAAAUGAUAAAAGCAUAUCAAGAGUCAGAAGAAAUUAAAUCAUAUGAGCUAGAUGCAAAGCUCAAAGUCACAAAAGGAGAACUAGAGAAGCAAAUGCAGGAAAAAUCUGAUCAGCUAGAGAUGCAUCAUGCCAAAAUAAAAGAACUAGAAGAUUUGAAGAGGACAUUUAAGGAGGGUAUGGAUGAGCUACGAACACUAAGAACAAAGGUAAAAUGUCUAGAAGAUGAACGGUUAAGAACAGAAGAUGAAUUAUCCAAAUAUAAAGAGAUUAUUAAUCGCCAAAAAGCUGAAAUUCAAAAUUUACUGGAUAGAGUUAAAAUUGUGGAGCAGUUACAAGACCAGCUUCAAAGUGGUAAACAAGAAAUUGAAAACUUGUCUGAAGAAGUGGGAAGUCUGAAUUCUUUGAUUAAUGACCUACAAGAAGACAUUGAAGGCAGUAGAAAAAGAGAGUCUGAGCUAUUGUUAUUUACAGAAAAAUUAACUAGUAAGAAUGCCCAACUUCAAUCUGAAUCUAAUUCUUUACAGUCACAAUUUGAUAAACUUUCCUGUAGUGAAAGUCAAUUACAGAGUCAUUAUGAACACAUGAAACAGACUAAUACUGAUUUGGAAAGUAGAUUAUUAAAAGAAGAAGAACUUCGAAAAAAUGAAAGCCAAGCUUUGCAAGCUGAACUGACUUCUAGAGAAAAAGAACUAAAAACUUUAAAUACUCAAGUAGAAGAACUGAAAGAUGAACUAGUUACUCAAAGACGUAAACAUGCUUCAAAUCUCAAAGAUCUCACCAAGCAACUUCAGCAAGCACGAAGAAAAUUAGACCAAAUUGAGAAUGGUAGCUAUGAUAAAGAAGUCAGUAGUAUGGGGAGUCGUUCUAGUUCAUCAGGGUCCCUUAAUGCUCGAAGUAGUACAGAAGAUCGAUCACCAGAAAAUACCGGCUCCUCUGUGGCUGUGGAUAACUUUCCAGAAGUGGAUAAAGCUAUGUUGAUUGAGAGGAUAGUAAGGCUUCAGAAAGCUCAUGCCCGAAAAAAUGAAAAGAUUGAAUUCAUGGAGGAUCACAUAAAGCAAUUAGUAGAAGAAAUUAGGAAAAAAACCAAAAUAAUUCAGAGUUAUAUCUUACGAGAAGAAGCAGGCACACUGUCAUCAGAGGCAUCCGAUUUUAACAAGGUCCAUCUGAGUAGACGAGGAGGCAUAAUGGCAUCCUUGUAUACUUCCCACCCAGCUGACAGUGGGCUGACAUUAGAACUCUCCUUGGAGAUCAACCGAAAAUUACAGGCUGUUUUGGAGGAUACGUUACUUAAAAAUAUUACUUUAAAGGAAAAUCUACAAACACUAGGAACAGAAAUAGAACGUCUUAUUAAACACCAGCAUGAACUAGAACAGAGGAUGAAGCAAACAUAACAGAAAGCUCUUGCAUAGUAAACAGACAAAAGCUGCAGAAGGAGCAGGUGCUACAGACCUCGGUGGCGUUUUGAAGUUUUUCUUAUGAUCUGUGUGUCAAUCAGUGAAAGUGUUUUACCUGUUUGAUACAAAUUUAAGUCAUUACUGGACUUUUUGUUAUAUCCCAACCUUGCUAGUCUCUGACCAUUUGAAUGAGUUGCGUGUACUGUAAGUAGCGUAAGCUUGAAGAUGAAUUGUUUGCACUGUGGAAUAUAACAUCCUAUUAAUGAUGAAUUCCCCCCCCCCCCCCCAAAAAAAAAAAAAAAGUUUAAUUCGCUUAGUCAUAUCAGAUGCUGAAGAAUACAACAAGGGCUUUCAAACACUAUUUUUCCAUCUCUCUUCCCAUUAACAUGCCUUACAUAUUAGAGGUGAUUAAACCUUUUUAAAAUAUGCAUGAAAAGACAGGCGUUAAAAAUCAUUCAUUAAUAUGCACUUUCUUACUCUAAAAUAAGCUGAACACAAAUAAUUAUAACACAUUAACUUUGGAAUUUUCAUUACAUUUAGCCAUGUAUAUAGUAGGAUAUGUGUUUGGUUCUGUAAUUUGAUUUUAAAAUUGGUAUUUGAAGUGGAAUGGAAAAGUUAGUGAUAAUGUGUAUAGUAUCUCAAAAAAAGUUCAGACAUUGAUUCUUCUCAUUGUCGUAACCAGUUGUUAAACUUUUCCUACAAUUAGAUACUUUCUUUAUAGCACCCUUGCAUGGUUCAGUGUAUUUAAAUGUUGUUUCAUUUUCACACAUUUCUUUUGAUUGAUAGCUAAAUGGUUGCCUAGAAUUCAUUUCCAUAAAACUAAUCCCUAUAGUAUCUGUUGAGGAAACUUUUAUUGACUUAAAUCCAAAUUGUAACAUUGAAUGAAUCAUUAGAACAGUAGACUACUUAAAAAGCUGUGAUAUACAUAUGCUUCAUUAAUAUAAGAAAAAAAGUAAUAGUGUUUUGGAUUCACGUCCCAAGGAAAAACAUCAUUGAUAUGUUUUGUCAAGAUUAUUUUAUUUGAAUAAUAUUCCUUUGCAUUGUGAGAUCCAUUUUAUGUUAUAGAUUAUAGUAUCAUUCCUCAAAAAUUAUUGUAUUUUAAUUUAAAAAUCACAAUCACCUAUGUGUAACCAAAGGAUAUUUAGAGCCAAAUGCAUAUUCCUAUUGAGAGAUUUUACUAUAUUUAUUUAAAAUGUACACUUAAUUUUUAUGAGCAGUAACAAUAGUAACUCAUAUAAAUUCCAUUAGGGCAGGGACCAUUUUUUUUAUUUAUCUCUGUAUUCUUCCCAUUGCCUAGUACAAUGCUUUGCACAUAAUAGGUGUGUUUAAAGUUCAGUGUUUGUUGAAUAUUUGUACUUGUCAAGAUGCUACUUAAAUUGUCCCCAUCUCUUAGAAUUUUAAUGCUUGCGUUUUGUAUGCUUAUAGAUUAUUGUUGUAGUACAAUGCCUUGGCUAAUGUUCGGUGGUUAUAACUGUUAAAAAUGAUUAGUUUUUGUUUAAUUUCAAAUUUUUAAAAAUGGAAAUCCUUUUAGGAUCUGUUUAUUGCUACUGGAAGAUUUUUUUGUUUGAAGAAAAUAUCCCUCUAACUUGUUUUAAAAUUCUAGUAUUAAUUUCACAAUGUUGCAAAAAAAGUCUGCUAAAUAAGGAUAAUAUUCAAAUAUUUCCAUGAUGUGGUGUAUAUUUUCUGUAUGUUUAGUUCAUGUAUUCAAGAUUCCAGCUCCCAUUCAGAAAUUCAUAAAAUUAAAUUCAAUGAAGAUUUGUUAUUUUAUGUUAGCUGAGAAUUAGUAUUAAUAUACCAUAAUGUGUCUUAUUUUUCAUUUGUAAUUUAUGAAAGUAAAAAAUGAAUACUCUUGGGUAAGUGCAAUCAUAGCUGUCUCUCCCUCCCCCACCCUUCCAUUAUUCUUUUAGGCCUUCAUUGACACUCCUAGUGACUACUUAACUAUAGCUGGAUUUGUACUUUGUGCAACCAAACCAUGCUUGAUUUGUCAUAUAGACAUACUAUGAGGUACAAUUUUAGUUUUUCUCUAUGUAGGAAUCAAUGUUCAGUAGAUCAGCAUAAUUUUUUUAUAUGUUCAUUAUGUGCUAUGUAGAUAAGUUUUUAAAUGUCUAAAUUUGUCAGAGAUGGAAAUUAAUUAUUUCAGUAUUUAUGUCUGCAUAUCUCCAUUUGGAGAAAUCUUUAUUAGGGAGUUAAUUUUUGGAAGAAAGCCAUUAGAAAGUAUAUGUUGACCAUAUUCUUAUUUCUAACAUAAGUUCAAGUAAAAAUCUUUUGAAGAAAUUAUUUUACUUUUUCUUUUUUAAUGUGACAUACACUACAUCCUUAUAUAUCUGAAUCAGGACUGAGCAAAACCAGGGCAUAUUAAAACCUAGAUAUUUCAGCUAGAUAUCUGACUGUGUAGUUGACAGUGGAUUUAUUUUAACUCCUGUGUAAGCAAGUGCAGAAGGAUUUGUAUAAACUAUUAUUAUUUUUAACAUAUAUAGGAGAGGACAAGAAGGGAAAGCCAGUCUAGAGAUCUGUAAAAAAUAGUGUAUACUGUGUACUCUUAAAAAAAAAAAUCAUUCAUUAAAGACUCAAUGUAUUCAUUCAGCUAGGUAUCAGUAUUUUAGGGUCUCUAGCAGGGAAUAGUUGUGUGUGUGUGUGUAUACACACAUAUACAUAUACACAUAUACACACAAGUUAUCACAUCUUAAAAGGUGAGCACAAAGUAUUAAAUUAUUAGUAGCAAUUUUCCCAUAUUAAUUCAGUUUUUAAUUUUCCAGCCCAUUAAGUUUUGAGAAUUAAAAUGGAAGAUUUAGCAUUAGUGUAAAAGAGUAGGAUAAUAUUUGAAUGACUUCCCUAAUUAAACAGUCUUUUUUGUUUUUUCCCCAUGUGCCCACAUUUCCAUAAAUGUGAGAAAAAUGUUUUCCUAAUUACAUAAUCCUGUGCAGUUUGGAAUUUCUUGGUGUGUGCAUUUAUACACAUAGAUUUGUUUAUAGGAACAUAUAUGGACAAAGAUAAUUAUUUAAAUAUCUAAUGAUUUUUUUUUUUCUUUUACCAUGGAAGGGUCAUUGAUUAAUGGGUAUAGUUCAUGCAAACAGCUUCAGGAUGUCCUUUUUGUAGAAGUUAUUUCAAGGGUAAUUGCUGUAGAACUCAAUUCUGUCCAGCUGAUCAAGCCAAGGGAUUGAUAUAGAAUAACCAAAGAUAUUAAUUUAGUUUUAUAUUUUCAGAAAUUUAUUUCUAAGGACACCUUUUAUAAAUAACAUGACCCUUUGCAAUAGGUUAGGGAAUUGUUAUUCCAUGUGUAUAUUUGGGUGGCCCAAUGACACUUUGGACAACAUUUUUUUUUUUUUUUUUUGGACUGCUUGGUAUUAUCUAAAUAGGUUGCUGUGAAUCUACAGAUUUUUCAGCAUUAACCAAAAUUUGAUAUUUAUUUUUCCUUUUAAAAAAAACUUUUAACAUAUGGCAUUAACUUUCUAGUUAAUGACAAGUGGUGUUGCUGACAAAUACAUCUAAUUAUGUUGAAAUAUCAUGUCUUAAUGAUAUUUCUUAAGCAAAUAAAUUUUCCUUUUAUGAUAUGUUUAAAUUUCUUUUUAAGUACACAAGUUUUACAUCUUAUUGUAAAGUUAGAUUUAACAAAACAAAGCCUUUAGUCUGUGUUAAUAUUUUAAAUACUCCAUGGUACCCUGGUGAAAAUCUUUUAUGUUAUCUUUUCAUUCACUGUGAUUUACUGUUCUUAUGCAUAUUGGCUCUAAUGAUUUGUGUUUUUUUCCUCAGUAACUUUAAGAACAAAACUUUUUUGACACUUAAGAAAUAUUAUCUUUUUAAAAAUCUUAUUGCCAGUUGGUGGCACUCUUAACCAGAAUUUCAAAAAAGUAAUUAAUUGAAAAAUCCAAAUAUGAAGAUUUUCAAACAAAAUGAUUAAAUGAUGGUUAUAGCAAUAUAGUAAAAAUGUAUUUUUAUUCUAGAAUGGAAAGUUUUUUUAAAAAAUAUUUCUGUGUUUUGUCUGCAGUGGUGAAAUUUGUUUGUAUACAUGUGCAUAAUCUCCAUUUCUUUAAAAUGUUAAUUUUGUAGAUAUGAUUCUGUAUAAAUGAAGUUUUUCAAGAAGUCAUCUUAAGUUCACACUGUAUAUAUUGUAUUAUUAAAAAGAAGUUAUCUGCCAACAUGCUAUAA